AUGGGUAGUGCUGUUGGUGUAUGCCUUGGUCUUGUGCUUGGAACAUAUCAACUCAUUAGAUAUGGACCAGGUCCUCGCGGUUACAUUUCUACCCUUGGCCAAUUCAUGGUAACUUCCGCAGGUUCUUUUGCUUUAUUCAUGGGAAUUGGUUCUUUCAUUCGUUCCGAAGAACAACAUAAAAAUAUUAAGUGGAAGGAGCAUAUGGAACAACAACGAAGAUAUUGCUCACGAGGAUUUGCCAAUUUACCGGUUGAAGUUCUAGAAAGGAAGAGAUGGGAUAGAAAAAUUAUUGGAAUGUAA